AAAGCUAACACAAAUAACUCGACUAGCCAAGGAGAACAAGUGCUGGAUGCAGAGGAGUUCGUCACUUUCUACCACUCGCUCCUCAAGAUGCCCAUGGUCGAAAAGCUCUUCGAAAAGUACGGUGACGAAAAGAACCACACUAUGAGCGUGGAGCAGCUGCAGCAGCUGUAUCAGGUGGAGCAGGGAGUGCAGCUGCAGGAGGAAGACGCCAUCAGACUCGUGCAGAACAGCGAACUUAGCAACGCUAAGACCAAUAACUUGCUUACCUACGAUGGUUUCUACCACCUGUUGUUGUCUGAUCACUUCAACAUCUACAACUACGAGCAUCAGAGCACCGUGCACCAGAGCAUGACCGAACCUCUGGCACAUUACUACAUCUCAUCGUCGCACAACAC